AAUAAUUUACGUGUCGAAGAGCAAGCCUUCGGUCGAACAUCUCGUCAAGGUAAUCGAGGAACAUCACAGAUGAUUCUCAGUCGAGAUCGAACACUUGGACAAUUGAUAAGCACCUAUCCAGAAUAUACGAAUACGAAAGCCAAAAUCUAUGCCGAUCCGAUGAAUUUCAUUCGUGAUUGGCGUGAACAGGCUGAACGAGCGUAUCUCGAACGGAUGUGGAGAGAUGAGAUUGUCGAUAUCAAAUUGAAAGAUGAAUUAUUUCAACGAUUCUGCAAACUUCUCGAUCAAUUACGAAAACAGAACGACAAUGUCUAUCGACUUCUCAGCGUGAAAGAAGAAUGGGGUCUUUGGCUGAAAUCGAUGGAUUAUGUCACACAGAAUCGUCUGGCGCUUCGUCUCUUUUUGGAGAGACAAGGUUUGGCAUCUGAGGAUGUCACACAAGAUGGUUACAGUUUCUUUCACGCUCUCUCACGACAAAUCGAUGGGGAACUCACUGCCGAGCAAAUCAAAGAUCAAGUGAUUCAACACAUGCUCAACCAUCCUGAUUCGUACACGAAUGUCACUGAAGAAGAAUAUCAUCAAGCCACGAGUGAAGCGUUGAAGAUGAAUUUGAUCAUCUAUCGAACUGAUUCCCGGAGUCCACAUAUCAUUCAGAGAGAAGAUGCUGUUCACACCUGUGUCCUUGGUUAUGAAGUUGAUUCGUAUUAUUUUUCUCUUCGAUCGAGUCAAUCCGACGAUGGGACACGAAUGGCAAAGCAACCUGAUAAAAAACAGAAAUCGAGACGUCAAAAGUUCCUCGAUCAAUGCAAACGUUUAGUCGAUGAAUCCAAAGAACAGAAAGACACUUUGAACAAACAACUCGCAACGAGAAUCAUCGAUCAUGAUCUACGAUCUGGUUUGACUGCGUUAGAGGAACAGAUGAGCAAGGAUUACAAAAAGGAAGAUUUCAUUCGAAAUCCUUGUUAUCUGUUGAUGGAAGCAGAAACGAUCAUCGGCAAACUUUCCACCUGGUCGAAUAGUGCUCGAUCUUGGGUCGAAAAGCUUCCAUGGACUGAAAAACAAGCAGUGACUUACAAAGAUGCCGUGAAUCUUCUAGAAAAAGCCAUUAAACUCGACCCAAUCUUCACUUUCACCGCUCAGGUGAAUCGCGCUCAUUUUCUCAUCGAUCAAGAACAAUCGACGAACUUGUACAAAGUCAAAGCGAAAUCGUAUCUCGUUCGAGCACAAGACAUCAUCGGCAAACACAUUCUACCUCAAUUGCAUAGCAUGCAACUCGAAACGAAGAAAGACGAUGAUGAGUUGACCUAUGAUGAUCUGGUCAAUCAGAUACGCUUGAAAGUGGACAUUCUUCAAGUCUAUCAAAGUCAUGUGGGUCAAGCCAUUGCCACGAUCGAAGACUCACAAAAGUUUAUCGAUGUGACCGUGGCUGAUGAAGACGGUCGAGUGACCGUGGCGAAGAAACUCUACCGUGAUGAAGUGAAAACAUUCCUCGACAAAUCAUCCGGUACGAUUAGUUUGGCUUUUCACAGUUUGAAGUGUCAUGACGAUGUUUGGAAACAUGAUCAAGCUUUGCAAUUACUCAAAAUACUGUCGAAGGAAGAUGAACGUGUGUCGAUACACUUUCUCGAUGGAUCGAAUAAGAAAAUUGAAGAACUCGAAUCGAUCAUCACUUCGGGAAAAAACCGAUUGAAUAUUGAAUAUCUCGAUUCGAAUGAACUUCAUCCGCUGAUGGAAUUGUCGGAAGAGAUCGAUCUGAAAUUAACAGCCACCACAGAAGAUUAUCUCAAGGUGAUCAAAGCGAUUCAAGAACAGGUGGAAUUGACCAAUGAUCCAUCUCCGAUACGAAAAGCAAAGUCAUCGAAGAAAAGUUCUCGGUGGAUCACGUCGAUGGCUGAGAACAUCGAACUCAUCACGGACACGCAUCGUUUACAAAUGACGGUUGCUGAAGCAUUGAAAAGUCUUCAAGGAGAUGGCACGCGUGUCGAAUCCGUUCUCUUCAAAUCCAUCACAAAAGAACAACUGGACUUCAUCUUACCCCACAUGUCCAAACCCAGUUUUGCAUUGACAUUUCAUUCGUUGACAAACUAUCGACUGAAAGAGAUUGUCAAGGACGUGAAGAAACCAUUCAACUACGAACUUCGAAAUUUAUCGACGAGUCGCGCAGAAAAACUGAUCGAGAAGACCACGGAUCGAAAUUUUCUUCUGUUGAUUGAAGAUUUGUCUCCGGAUCGUGCAAAGAAAAUAGUGAAGAAAUUCGAUCCCAACGAACAAGACGUGAAAACGAGUCUCAAACGUCUCGCGGAACAUUUCUCCAAAGCUGAUCAAGAAUACGAAGAAUUGAAUGCUUACGGAUUGUUGGGCAUUAGUCUGUUGAUCGCCAUCGAUGAACUCGGUCCGCGUCCAUGGAUCAGUGCAACGAUUGUCGUUACCCUCGGUGCUGGUCAAAUUGUUGGCGGUAUUGCACUAGCCGCAUUGACCGGUGGUCUCGGUGUGAGUCUCGGUAUUUCAUUGAUUGGUGAAGGUGUGAAUGACAUUGUGUUCGGUGUGCGAGGUGCUUUGUCGCGACGAUUCUCCUGGAAAGAUUACGCCAUUCAAAAAGGUGUCAGUCUUGCUAUUUGUUUCGUUUCACUGGGCUUCUCUGCCGUUGUACAAGCAGUGAAAGGUGCCCAAGCGGUCGGAGUGACCGGUGCAGCUUCACUGGUGCAAGCGACACGUCAAGGAACGAUGACCAUCAUCAAGAACAGUUUUCGAAUAGUCGGUUCGGGUGCUAUCAAAGGUAUUUCAAGCACUAGUUGGCUGUUGGCUUGUAAGCAAGUGGCUGUCAUUUGUGCGGAAACGGGCGCUAGAGAACUGGCCAAUUACUUUUCCGAGGCAGCAUACCAAGGAGUUCUCUCUCAAAUCAAAUCAACAAUUCGAAAAGAGAUUGAAUCGAUCGUGCGAGCGAACCAAACCGAUAAACAUUAUCAACGUAUAUUCAACCACGCAUUGACAAUCGAUCGAUAUUACAACAAAGACGAAUGGCGAAACCAGAUCGAGCAAAUCGCCAUAAACAUCCUCACCAAAAACAAAGAUCAGUUUAUCGAAACGGUUCAAUCCUUGUCGAAAGGUAUCACCAAUGCCUUUCUCAAUCAUUCACGAUCACUCUUAUGUGAGACCAGUGACAAAGGCAACUACGGCGGAUACGUGAAGACGGCUCAGUUACUGCUGACGAUUUCGCAGAUGCUCGAAGGUGCACAAGAAAUCAGAACGCUGACCGAUUCUUUCUACGCUCAGUACAAAAAAGAAUUGAAUGUGCUGGAAGAGAAAAUUCCAACGAUCGAAGAUCUUCUCCUUCAUGCUUCCAAUCAGGAGAUGUCGGCGUCCAUGACGAAGAGCAUUGUCAAAGAUCUUAUCAAACAAUCGAUUCUCACCUCCGAUGGUCUUCUCCAUGGUCGAUUCAGUCAAGACGACGACAAGGUCGCUGAUUUGAGUAAUGCGGCCAGUUUCUUGCAGUCGUCCGACGGACCUGCACGAACACCGAAAGAAAAAUUACUCAGUCGAUUACGAAAGGUCACAUUCGAAGAAGACCAACAUCGAAGCUGCGCUGAAACUGUUCUGAUUAAGAUUGUCGGUGUCCCAAAUCAGAGAUCUUUGCGUGUCAGUAUGUUCCAGAAGAAGAUUGUCGACAUGCUGGUCGAUCAAGUUUGUGCGAUUAUCUACGGAACGAUGGUCGCACCCAUGAUGAAUUAUGUAAGUUCUCGAGCAAUUGCUUCAUUGUCGGCGGCUGCCCAACUUCAAAUGGAUCCCAAUGGUACAGUGACGGAACAACUGAUGGAAGAAGGUGCAAAGCGUUACAUUCAUGGUGUUGCGAAUGAUUUCGUUGACAAGUAUCACAAAGGUGAACUUCAAGUUGAUCCGAAUGCCAAAGAAAGACUCGACAAACUCGUCGAACGAUGUGAAACGGAAGGUGGAAAACCAGCGAAUAUAACCGAAGAAUUGGCUCUGAACGUCAAGGGUGGCAAACAAGGUGGUGUUAUCGAACUGUGUGUGAUGGCGAUGUUGACCAAGAAGCCGAUCUCAGUGCUUCAACAACAAUUGAAUGACGGAUCGAGUGAAGGCGAUGGAAGCAUUCAGAUGGUUUACACGCCACCCACGAUUGACAAAGCGACGGGAAAAAUGAUUGACGGCCAUUACGAAUUGGCGGGGGGUACGACUGCUAAAGGUGGUCCAAAUGAUUGUUUGUACACGACUAUUUUGAGCAAAACACCUGGUCACUUUCCAUCGGUCGAUGAAAUGCGAACGCAAUGCGCUGCAUUCAUAUUGACCAAUCCGAACUUCAUAUCUGGAAUUCAUCCGGCUUUGAGCAUCAUCAAUCAGACUCGAAAUCCGCUUCGUUGGAAAGAAUUGAUGGGAGAAGGUGAUGCAAAAAAAGCUCCCUUUACCUACUCAGACGAAAAGCGUCAUGAAGCUGCCACCAACUUACAAGAUGCCAAUGCAAAAGUGGUACAGGAUAUGUUAGACUACGUGGAUAGUUCUGAGCUGGAUGGGGUUUCAGUCGAUGCCAGGAAUUGGAUCAAAUCGAUUAUCGAGACAGAUUUGGCGAAGUUUCACGAGCAAAAUCCGCAAGGAGUCGUUGAAAUCGAAUAUAAGCUUGUGGUACCAACCCAUGGAAACGGGCCGGACAUAAAGCUGGGCUUCUCGAUCAAUGCCGAUGAGGCUAAUCCAGAUCUAAAGCAAGAUCCGCACUAUGGCUGUAAAUUUUACAAGAAAGGAAAAGAUCACAAAAGCCAAUGGGUUGGCCAUAAAUACUUACCUGAAAAACCUAUGUACCAUCGCACCAGAAGUUCUCGACCCGAUGAAAUCAGAGACGAACCCUUCACACAAGAAUUAAAUAACAAACAAAUUGUGACUUCGACCAAAACAAUUUGGAAAUACGAACAACGACGGCGUUGA